GCUGCCGGAGGAGGAGGAGGUCACUGUUUCCUGUGGCUGGAUGUGUGAGUGAGCCCGCUGCUGCUGCUGCUGCUGCUGCUGCUGCUGCUGCAAACAGGAGACGUUUACAUGGACUAUGUGACUCCACACCACCAGCAUGGAUCACUGUUUAAACACACUGCAGAUGUGUCCACCGCCGUGUCAUUCCAGAUGUGACUGACAGGUCGUUGUAUGUCGCCCGCAUUGAGUCCUGCGCCGUUCACCUCGGAGAGACUGUGACACCAUGGCUUUGGUUAUGGAACCUAUAAGUAAAUGGACACCAAAGCAAGUUCUGGACUGGAUGAAAGGUCUGGAUGACUGUCUCCAGCAGUACGUGAAGAGUUUUGAGCGGGAGCAGAUGGGGGGCGAGCAGCUGCUGCACAUCACCCACCAGGAGCUGGAGGAGCUGGGCGUCACCAGAAUAGGACAUCAGGAGCUCAUCCUGGAAGCUGUCGACCUCCUCUGUGCCCUGAACUACGGCCUGGAGACAGAGAACCUCCGGACGUUGUCCCACAAGCUGAACGCUUCGGCGAAGAACCUUCAGAACUUCAUCCUGGGCAGGCGGAGGGGCGGACACUAUGAUGGACGAGCUUCCCGAAGGUUACCCAAUGAUUUCCUAACCUCAGUGGUGGAUCUGAUUGGAGCAGCCAAGAACCUUCUAGCCUGGCUUGACAGGUCUCCAUUCGCCAGUGUGACAGAGUAUUCAUUACUGAAGAACAACAUCGUGCAGCUCUGCCUCGAAUUAACUACAAUUGUACAACAGGAUUGCACUGUGUACGAGACAGAGAAUAAGAUUCUCCACGUGUGUAAGACCUUAGCAGGGAUAUGUGACCACAUCAUCUCUCUAUCAUCAGACUCUCUGGUCUCUCAGUCUGCCCAUCUGGAGGUGGUCCACCUCACCAGCAUCAUGCCCAGUGAAGGCCUGGGGAUGUAUAUCAAAUCGACAUAUGACGGACUCCACGUCAUCACCGGAACCACAGAGAAUUCUCCAGCCGACCAGUGUAAGAAGAUCCACGCAGGGGAUGAGGUGAUCCAAGUCAACCACCAGACAGUGGUGGGCUGGCAGCUGAAGAACCUUGUGAACGCUCUGAGAGAGGACCCGUGCGGAGUCAUCCUCACGCUGAAGAAACGGCCCCAGAACACUCUAAGCUCCACCCCGGCUUUGCUCAGGAACGUCCGCUGGAAACCACUGGGCCUGCAGCCGGUCCCCACCAGCCCCACCAGCACCUCCCCAACACCCGGUGGAACUUUAGGCAUGUCCAAAAUGGACGCCCCCAGCAUGCAGGACGUAUACAUCCUUUCUCCUGUCUCUGGACUCUACAGCACCAGGGAGGAGAUGGGUCUGAUGUCAUGUGACGACAUCAGCCGCUACAGUGUGAGCUCCCAGUCUGGCUCCAAAGGUUCAGAGGCAGUCAGCUACUACCUGGACCAGGACAGUGGUCAGUACUUCUCCUUAUUAGAGGGAGACGGACCCCCAGGGCCUGACUACGACAGGGUCCGAAAUACAGGGGUUCGACGGCGGGACAAGACCCCCACCCAUGGUGACCUCAGACCAGUGUCCAUGCCUCCCGAAUAUAACUGGAUGGCCGAGGCCAAGGAACCCAGCAUGGGCAAGAGAGGGAGCCGAGAUUCAGACAACUCCCUGCUGCGUUACCUUAGCGAUGACAAGAUCCUGGUGAUCGAGGAGGAGCCUGAGAGUCAGAGUAGGGAGAGCCGGCGGGAUUCCACCAGACGCUCUCGGCGCAAGAGCCGCAAUCCCAGCAGCCCCAGCUUUCCCAUCAGUCCCUCCAUGCUGUCCUCCACCCUGCGCCUCGACCAGCCUCCUGAAGCUUUGCCUCGAGGUGCAGACACACUGCGAGCAGACACAACAGACCGGUACUCGGGCUCAGGGAGCUCAGGAGCGGCCUCCAUGCGGAAGUCUUUCCAUUACACCUCGCUAAGAACGAAAACCAAAAAGAGAAGUAAAGGUUCCCUCACUAGUGCCAGUCGAAGAAGAAUCUCGUGUAAGGACCUGGGCCACGGCGACUGUGAGGGCUGGUUGUGGAAGAAGAAGGAUGCCAAAGGCUACUUUACUCAGAAGUGGAGGAAGUACUGGUUUAUCCUUAAAGAGUCCUGCCUCUACUGGUACACCAACCAAAAUAAAGACAGACGACAAACCGGGAUCUUCAGUGAAGACAGACAGGAGGACGGGAUGAAGACAAAGAGUGAAUGUCGAGAAAGAGAUGCCAUCUCAAAGUCUCUGCUGAGAGACAAUGGGAGUGAGGACUGUCACUUCUCUCAUCCGUGGAUGAACCGACUGGGGUUGGCCGCUAUUGGCUACACACCAGAUGACAAGGUGCCACGUCCCGAUGAAGACUACUGGAGUGAGAGUGAUCAAGACGAGGUCGAUGGCUCGAUGACACUCAAACAGGAGGGACCAUCAUCCCUCUGUGAUACUUAUCACCGCACACCAUCAGCCAACCUCCUCCACAGUUAUGACCAGUUGCCCCGCUCCGUCAGCUCCAUGAGCCUCAUGCGCUCCACUCCUUCCCCACUCCCUCCUCCAAUGAGUGCCUCCACCUCCCCCAUCCCGCCACAGAUGGUCUCUUCCACCUCCCCUCUCCCUCUCCCUCUCCAGGUCAACUCCUCUAGCCCCUUCCCAGAACCCAAGCAUGGCCGGCACUUCUCCAGCGAGUCCACGCACUCCCACUCCUCAGCUGAGGACCAGCGUGGAGACGGGAUGGGCAUGGGCACGGGCACGGGCAGCACCAGUACACACUCGUCUGGCUGCCGCUCCUCCCAUCGUGAGCGUCGCUCCUGGCAGGAUCUCAUCGAGACCCCUCUGACCAGUGCGGGUCUGCACUUCCUCCAGACGGCGCCCGGGGAGAGUGAUUACGGAGGUCUUAUGGGGAGCAUGGCAGGAGACAUGGGGCUCUACGGAGGGCUGGGCAGACAGGGCAUGUCCCCGGAGAGACGCAGACAGGCCACUCUGCCCGUGCGGAGACACCACGCCGCAGAGAGGGACAGGGAACGGGACGGGCCUUUCCCUCUGGACCGGGGGCCACACACACACAGCCACACGCACCGACGCUCUCACAAGCAGCGGAGUCAGAGUCUGCCCAGGAACAGGGACCCGAUGCCAGGGAAGCUGCUGCACACCUCAGUUCACAUGGAGGAGAGGAGCGAGGAUGAAGAAGCAGAGGGGCAGGCUGCAGACAUGCUCGAGGGUGAGGAGGACCUGCGGGAGUUGAGAGUUGAGAGCAGAGAGAGGAGGGUGUCAGAAGGAAGGGAGCGGCGGGUGUCAGAGGGCCGCGAGCCAGAGUCUUUAGAUGGUCUAGAGCAGCUCUACCGGGCCCUGGAGCAAGCUAACGUGACGGCCCUAGGAGACCCCAGACCUUGUAGCAGGCAAGAGCUUCGACGCUGUUUCACCCAGCGAGCCAGGGACCCACUGCUCAACGACAGGCUACACCGGGUGCGAGCCCUCCGCAGCACCUUGAAGGCCAAAGAGUCAGAGCUGGCGGUGAUCUGUGCCCUCCUGGAGGACCCUGGCCUGUGCUCCCAGACCUUCAGAGAGUGGAAGCAGUGGCACAGCGACCUCUACUCAGACAUCUGCCAGCUCAGCCCCGGCACCAACGGCCAGGACGAGCUCUCUCCGCUGGCCGCACCGCUUAUGACCCACACACACUCCUUCAUUGAGACACACGUGUGAGAAAGAGAAGAGAAGCAAAGACUGAACUGAUACACACACACACACAAACACGCACACACACACA